AUGAAUUUGAAAGGUUCCUUGUCUUUUGUACUUGGCGAAGAUAAGGCAAAUGUACCAGCAUUGCGUAUACGUUUACAGGAAAACUGUGAAGAUAAGAAGGAUCCCAAGACUCGAUGGAUUAGUGAAGAUAUUCUUGUACCUGAAGCAGAUGAGACACGACCAUUGCGUCAAGUAACGGUAGCUGAGGCUGGAUUAAAUGCUAUGAUUGAUGAGAACAAGGUACUGCUGUUUGCUCCUAAAGGACAAGAGAAGGAUGAAACAAAACCUCAAGUUGUUGCAGCUUUAAAGAUGGGCAAAGGAUCUUUUGGUGUUGAUCUGUAUCUGAAUGGAGAAAAGGUUGUAUCGACCAAUGAUAAUGGUAAAUUUCAUUACGAGAUUCGCCAGGACCAAGCAGUUGCUGAGAUACACGCUGGAACUGCAGCUGAUCAAGCGGCAGUGGACGAACACGACGGCAAGACUGUUGUGGACUAUGGAGAAGAUGGUCUUGCUAUCUAUGAUGACGGCACUGUGCAGAAAAAGAAGGAGACACCGACCACGAACGAUGCUGCUGUGGAUGUUGACGGUAAGGUAGAAGAAGGCUGGGAAGAGUCGUUUGGUGGACACACGGACAAGAAGAAAUUUGGUCCAAGCUCCAUUGGACUUGAUGUGUCGUUCUACGGCUCAGUGGAUGCACCGCGCUCGCUUUACGGUAUCCCGGAGCAUGCGACGGAUUUUGUUCUGAAAGAUACGCUUGAAAAACCAAGUGAAGAGGAUACAGUGAAGAAGGUAUUUACUGACCCGUAUCGGCUCUACAAUUUGGACGUGUUUGAGUACGAGUUGGACAACCCCAUGGCACUAUAUGGUGCAAUUCCCGUGCUCGUAGCUGCGAACAAGGAAAACACGGUCGGUAUGUUCUGGAACAAUCCGAGCGAGACCUUUGUGGACAUUUGGACCGACGAACACAAAAACAGCAAGUCCAGCCACUGGCUGAGUGAGUCGGGUGUCUUUGAUUUGUUCCUGCUGGUAGGACCUAGCAGUGCUGAUCUAUUCUCGCAGUAUACGCUCUUGACGGGUCGAGCACAGCUGCCACCUCUAUUUUCGUUGGGAUAUCACCAGUGUCGCUGGAACUACAAGAACGAAGCGGAUGUGGCCCGUGUAGAUGCCGGAUUUGACGAGCAUUUGAUUCCGUACGACGUGAUGUGGCUAGACAUUGAGCAUACAAACGGCAAGCGUUACUUUACAUGGGACGGGCAUACCUUCCCCACGCCAAAGAUCAUGCAAGAGUCGCUGGCGCGGACUGGUCGCAAAAUGGUGACCAUCGUCGAUCCGCACAUUAAGGUCAGUCAAUCUCAAGACAGUCAGCCGUACUACAUUCACACAGAAGCUGAGAAUCUCGGGCUCUUUAUUAAAGACGAGCAGGGAAAUGACUUCAAGGGGUGGUGCUGGCCGGGCGAGUCCUCGUACGUUGACUUUACAUCGCCAAAGGCACGUGCAUGGUGGCGUCACCAGUUCCGCUAUGAGAACUACCAAGGUAGUACGAAACACCUGCACACGUGGAAUGAUAUGAAUGAGCCAUCAGUCUUCAACGGCCCGGAAGUGUCUAUGCGCAAGGGCUGCAUGAGUAUUGCAGGAGUUGAGCACCGUGAGUGGCACAACCUAUACGGUACUCUCUUUCAGCGAUCUAGUAUGGAAGGUCUGCUUGUUCGCCAGCAGCCUCCGCCGGAGCCGCUUUCGGCAUUUGCUGAGGAGCUACAGUUGACAUCGGAUAUGGAACGUCCUUUUGUACUUUCUCGUGCGUUCUCUGCCGGCUCGCAACGUUAUGGUGCGGUCUGGACCGGUGACAACACGGCAGAGUGGGGUCACCUUCGUUACGCUACCAAAAUGCUGCUUUCUAUGUCAGUUGCUGGACUUACCUUCGUGGGUGCCGAUGUCGGCGGGUUCUUUGGCAAUCCGUCCACAGAGCUGUUCUCACGAUGGAAUCAGGCUGCUGCUUACCAGCCGUUUUUCCGUGGCCAUGCACACCACGAUUCAGCUCGCCGUGAGCCUUGGGUGUUUGGUGAACCAACAACGUCACGUGUCCGCGCUGCUAUUCGCGAACGUUACUCACUGCUACCGUACAUCUACACACUAUUUCACGCAUGUUACGCUCGCGGAAUGCCUGUGAUGCGGCCGCUUUGGGUGCACUUUACACAAGAACCACAAAGCUUUGUUGAGGAGGACCAAUACCUUUUGGGCGACGCUCUGCUUGUGAAACCAAUUGUGGAUGAGGGCGUUGAGGCUACGCACGUCUUUCUGCCGUCGGAUAAUGCUGAUGACAAGACAGUAUGGUACCAGGUGACGGACAAGUAUAAGCGUUUUGUUGGCGGGAAGACAUACGAGAAUGUCCCUGCGCCAUUAGACGCCAUUCCGGUGUUUCACCGUGGCGGCACCAUCCUGCCACGCAAGCAGCGCGUGCGUCGCAGCUCAGAGCUCAUGCGCAACGACCCGCUCACGCUUGUGGUAGCGCUGGGCCAACACUUUGAGGCUCGCGGCGUGCUGUACGUUGAUGAUGAGCGUUCGCUUGCUGCUGAGCUUGAGGGCGAGGGAACCCUGGUGUCGUUUCAUCAGACGAAGGAGGGGUUGCGUUCGACCGCAGCGGCUGCUACGUCACAAGGUAAGCGCUACACGUCGCGCAUGUGGGUGGAGCGAAUCGAGGUGUACGGGUUUCAGUCCGAGACGAACGUGCCCAAGCAAGUGCUUGUGGGUGGUGAGCGUGCUGUGGGUUUCCAGUACGACGCUGCAACUGACCGUCUAGUGCUGCGGAAGCCGCAGGUGUUGGUUACGGACGACUGGGAGCUCCGUUUUGUGUACGAUCAGGCGCUCGAGUAA